UUUAGGAAAUGUUAGCAGGUAAAAAUCUUGAGUAUGGGGCAAUUCAGAAGCUAAACACUGAAAAAGAGAAUGAUGAUAAGUUAAUUGAGGUUGGAGAUGAGUGCCAGGAUCAAGAACAGCCACAUAAAAUGUCAGACUGUACGAAAAGAGCCCAGGAUGAGGUUAAAUAUAAGAGGAUUUAGAACUGAGCCAGACAAUCGAAUGAUUUCUCAGAAUCCAGCGUCUGAAGGUACUAAUUAAUGUUGAUGAGGCAAUCAAAAAUUUUAAGAAUAGGAAAAAAAUUCCUUCAUCAAAAGGCACUCAUAAAAGUGAGACAUCUUUAUCAUCUCGGCCAGCUGUUAAGUCAGACAAUUAUUAUGGAGACCAAGAAUGAGGAACUAUAGAUUUAGAUCAAAGAACUUCCCUUAGUAUAAACUGUGAGAAAGAUCCUAAAGCUGAGAGUCUUCUCCUACAAAUUAGAAAAAAUAAAAACCCAUGCUAUUACAUCUUCUGUUGCUGUUUAUUCCAAUGAUGAAAAGGAGAAAAAUAACAUCACAUAACCAACCCCCCAAACCUAUCUCAAAGCACUAAAUCUAAUUUUCCCUUUGCCAGUCCACCCUUACCCCACCCAUAUCGGUAGAUUCCUCUGGCAUAAUAACACUUAAACCUACUUCUAUC